AUGCAAAUUGUAAAUAUAGACAAUAUCGCUUCCACUAGUUCGAUUAGUAAAUUAUCAACAAAUCAACCAAGUAUUCGAUCAUUUAUUUCACAACCAAAAAAGAUUAGUAAAGCACAGCAAAAAAAAUUGGACAAUCUUCUAUUAAUUUUAUUUGUUGAAGACUACCAGCCGUUUUCAAUUAUUGAAGAUAGGGGUUUUAAAAAAUUUGUGACUUCCCUUAAUCCCAGCUACGUCCUGCCAAAAAGAAAAACUAUUUCCAGCUGCAUGAUACCAGCAGAAUAUGAAAGAUGUUUGAAUGCUGUUAGACACGAAGUGUUAUCAAUAACAAAUGCAACUUUAACUACAGAUACUUGA